AUGACAGAUCGCGACUACGUCGUUACUGGGCACGGCACCAACAAGGAGGGCAAUCACUGGUGCACGCGUGAUUAUGGGAGCAGUGGUACUGGUCACCAUUACUCUAACAAAGAUGGCUCGUUUUACUAUGAGAACCCAAACGGGUCCAAAUACUACGACAACGGGGCCGGAAAAAGCAACUUUUACAACCCCGGAUGGCCGUGUCGUCAAGCUCCAGAAGUAAUUUAG